AUGAUAAGGGACAGCCAGCCGUCUUCUCUAAGCAAGGAAAUUGUCACAGACAGUGAUGCUGAAAUCGAAUCAAAUCCAUCUUUCGAAGACCGAGAUGCAAGCAGGAUGAACAAUAAGUCAUCGAAGUCAUUAUCUUCAUCGUUGACUGAGAUCCAAAAAUCAAAAUCAAUAAAACUAGUCACAGAAAAGAGUAAGAAAAGACCUCGUAGUCGACCGACCAUGACGAUAUCUAAAAGAUUAAAAACAGCUACCGGUAGACGAGCGAUUAACGGAGCCCUUACCGAAGCCGGACCGUCAAAGACAUCCACAGCCGGUUCCAAGGGAUCUUCGUUACGGCUAACGAACAACACUGGCACAAAUGCUAAAGACAAGUACCACGAAACAGAAAGAAUAAUACCAAGUGAUAUUGAUCCAUCAAAAACUACUCCUCUUGAAGUUGAUAUCCGACGAUUCGACAGAGCAAAGACUGCGGCAGAGGCAGCGCUGGCGUUAUUAAUAGAUGACCCAAGAGUCUUAGAGUCCGCAGACGCAGAAGUGUCAGAUGUCCCUCAUAUGCCAGAUUGUAGCAGAACGCCGCGAAUUAGGAAAAUACGGUUCGGUGAAUGGGAGAUUGAUACUUGGUACGCAGCACCUUAUCCUGAAGAAUAUAGUAUUCUCCAGACAUUACACAUAUGCGAGUACUGUUUGAAAUACAUGAAAACGGAAUAUGUUGCUAGAAGACAUAAAUUAAAGUGUCCGAUGAGACACCCCCCCGGAGACGAAAUAUAUCGAGAUGGACCAAUAUCGAUUUUCGAAGUGGAUGGACGGAAAAAUAAGAUAUAUUGUCAAAACCUGUGCUUGAUUGCCAAAAUGUUUCUUGACCACAAGACACUAUAUUAUGAUGUUGAACCUUUUCUUUUUUAUGUAAUGACUGAGGCAGAUCAAUCGGGGUGUCAUUUAGUGGGGUAUUUUUCAAAGGAGAAACGAUCUAACUCCAACUACAAUUUAUCAUGUAUUCUUACGCUUCCGGUCCAUCAACGAAAAGGCUAUGGUAACUUACUCAUAGACUUCAGUUAUCUCUUGACGAAAAAAGAGAAUACAGUAGGAACGCCGGAAAAACCACUAUCAGAUCUUGGUUUACUCAGCUAUCGAAGUUAUUGGCGCAACGUUCUUUUUCAUGCACUCAGAAAUGUUACUGGAUCAAUUAGCAUAUCGAAGCUUAGCCAAGAAUCAGCAAUGACUCUCGAUGACGUUAUAUCAACACUUGAAAUUAACGACAUCUUGGUUAAAGACAAGGAACUGGGGACUUACGUAAUGGUGGUAGAUCGUGAGCUUAUUGAAGCACAUUGUCAAGCGGUGGCUGCGAAAGGCUAUCUUACUCUCAAACCAGAAAAACUCAAAUGGACUCCGUUUAUACUGGGCAGAAAUCCGGGCAUUUUAACUUUUAAUGAAUCAGUGUACAGUCAAAGUUCUUUAGAUUUAUGA